AUGGCCGCCACCGGGUCCAAGUUGUGUCCGAACUCCUCCCCCCCGUCGACCGGUGGUGGACGGUGGAUCUCUACUUGGAUGGUAUCCUUCCAUAGGUACGUGUACCACCUAUGGGCUGACUAUUCUGAAUUAUAUGUAGAUGUCGGUGAGGAACUCAGGAUCUCCCUUCUUGAGGAGUAUGCAAACCAGAGAAAUCCCACCAAUGGAGAAAUAUACCGGAAGAUCCGUCAAUAUGAAGAAGAACAGAACGAACCAUUUCAGCAGCGAUGGCUCGCGCGCUUGCUGCGCUGUAAUCGGGAACGCCUUGAACAGCUCGACAAUCGCCGGAAUCGUCGACUCCGCCAGGGCUUCAAUGCACUGUUGGCCAUCUCGGGCCUCUGGGGCCGCGAGAUGCGGAUCAGCAUGAUCCAUCGCCUGGUCGCUAUUGAUUGUGUUGAGGAAAUCCUCAACUACCUUGAGAGUGUGAAGGAGUUCUGGUCAUCCCUCGUCGACCAUCAUCCGAUUGCAAUGAAAAGAAUCGAUCAAGACACGGUGGAGAAGCUUCAAUUGAUGGCCCGCCGUGCAUCUCGCGUCGAUGCGCAAGCUGCGUAUGGAUUUAUUCUGAGCGGUCAGGCCUUUGCCGGCUUCAGUGAAACUGAGCGACGGACCAUCUGGACCCGAAUGGAAAGGUUCCGUGGGUUGGUCCCAUCCCUGCACACUUUCUUUGAGGACUGCAAGUACCUGGAAAGCUGUGCUCAGUGCAUAAAACGACUGUUUAGCCCCCCUGACGAGUCCAUCUGGAAAAGCAUAACGCCCAUGCUUGUGACAUCUCCCGAGACAGAGGAAGAUUUUCUUGUUCAGACAUCGGAGUCUACCUUCCGACAAACUCGCAUGGCGGGCAUGGAGCGUCUUGAUAUCGCGUACCGGCAGGUUUGGCUCUAUGCCAUGCGACAUUAUCCCUCGAUGCCGGCGGACCCGAAGAAUGACGAUGACCUGCUGGCCAAACCAAAUCGUGCCAAAGCCGAUGAAUGUGUGGUCUACCAGAUGGCUGCACUGGCGCACCGUCUCGGGUUCCGCUCCACCGAGAUCACGGAAUUAAUGAACCAGUCUCCCGACAGACAGAUCGCACGGCCCGCUCUGCUCAAGGCCCGAAAACCCGGCCGCUUUCGAUAUAACCCUCAAGUAUUCGAGACUCUCGUCGACCGAAUUGUCGAUUGUUUUUCAACCGCGGAUCCCGACGAACCGCGUACAACGCCGAGCUCGCAAAACACAUACACGCAGACAGCGGUAUCAACGCCUCCUUCAACACAAUCAACCGCUAAUGGAGAUCACAGGGACCAGAUAUAUUCGAGCAUGAGCCAACGGAAUUCGUGGAGUUUCAACAACAGCCGCGUGACGAAGAGAUCUCCAUGUACUACCCUUCCGGAUGAACCACUAGCGAUUCUCGAUAUAGUGCUUCCGGAGUAUCAAGACCAACGGGCCUAUAUGGAAGAAAGUUCUCCUCCAGACCUUGUUGACCCGGAGCGCGUAAACAGGUUUUCGGCACAGCGACCAGCCGAAUCAGACACUGGCGUAGCGGAUCUGAUUGAACAGAUUGACGCUAAACUAGAAGAACCAAUGCAAGCCGACAAUAGAAUUCAGGAUGAAGACCACCAGGAACACCAGCAGCAGCAAUCAGACCAGAACUUGUCAUCCUGGGACAAAAUUGCUCAUGACCUUGAAGAGCGCGAGAGGCUAGAUGCAGAGUGGGAGAGGGAGCGGCUGGAACAAGAGCUUAAUAUAAUACAACCUGCUGAAACACCCCAGCCUCAGCCAGAAGUCAGCCAAGAAAUUCUGCCGCCAGGCGGCAACAAUUCUAAUCAGGAGCAGCCAGUGACUGAACCUGAUGUGGAAAGCACAGCGAUUGCACUUAGAGCUGACAGAGAUGACCUGAAUGACAGUAGUAAUAUAAAACAGAAAAACAGUAGACUCUAA